UUACUUGACAAUUUUUAUCAGACGCUUUUUGCCUUUUCGUGCUGGGAAUUACGAAUUAAACGCAUUAAAUGUGCUAGAAGGAUGACGCGGACGUGCAGAAUCUGCGGCGGAGAUGACGGACGCUACUGGAUUGAGACGCCGGUGGAAAAAUACGCGGAGAAGACCUUCGGACAGCUGCUGGUCGAGCUAACGAGGAUCGAGGUGGCUAUGGCCCGGGCGGAGAAGUUCCCCCAGUGGCUGUGCUCCGCCUGCGCCCAGAAGCUGGAGACUACCUACGACUUUGUGCUGCAGGCACGGCAAACGCACGAGCUGUGGCUGCGCAAGCUGGGCGACGACUCUGGGGACGAAAUGCUGGGCUCCGAGGCCCUGGAGGCUCUCAGGGAGACACCCAUUCAUUUGUUCGAAAUCGAGGGCGUGACCAUCAAGUCCGAGGUGCUGGAGCCGCCAAUGAAGAUGGGAAGAGGCGGGGUUACCGCCGAUCCUCUGGUACGCUCGCGGCUCGUCAAGCGCACCAUUGUGCACUUUAGUGACUCGGAUGGAGGCGACCAAGAAGAUGUCCCAUUGCGCCAGCGAAAGGUCUCCCCAGCCCCACAGCCCGUCAACGCCGAGGAGAAGCACAACAUCUGCGAGGUGUGCAACAAGGCGUUUCGCUACGUCACCAAUCUGUAUCGCCACAAGCAGCGGGAUCAUGGCCUGCCCCCAAAGCCAGGCGAGGAGAUAGACGACGAUGACAACUACUACAAGUGCGAUCAGUGCGACAAGGCCUACAAGUAUGUUAUGGCGCUGGUGAAACACAAGCACGCAGAGCACGGAGCGAGUCUUUUGCCCUCAAAGACGUCCAGGCGGAAGAUGCCCGGCAGGCCCUCGGUGAUGCCUGGCGAUGCGAGUCCCUCUAGUCCAGCUUCCACCUCGGGAACCUCCACGCAGCGCAGUCGCGGCAAUACUGAUGCCCUGGUGCACAGCAUCAUAAAGGCAGUCGAACUCUCGGACGAAGACGAAGGUAACUGCAGCGUGGACAACUACUACAAGUGCGAUCAGUGCAGCAAAUCCUACAAGUACAUUGUCAGCCUGAUCAAGCACAAGCACCGGGAGCACACGGAUCGGGACAAGAAGCAAUCGGACUCGGAGGACGAUCUCCCGCUAGCCUCCACAUCUGCAGCCUUGGCCACGUCAUCCUCAGCCAAAACCUCGAGGAUCAAUCGACGCGUCGAGGACUUUGAUCCGCACAGCUGCGAGCCGAAUGGGGCCAAGGAAAUCAAGUGCAUGAUCUGCCUUCGCCGGUUUACCAAGCUGCGCGAGCUGAGGGAUCACCUGCACGCCCAUCCCACAGACUUUGAUUUCGAGGCCCAUGGAGAGCCCAUCGAGCGCAUAGCCGAGGGCUUCUUCAAGACUGCCGUCGAGUCCACGACGGAGGGCCUAAAGCGUCGGAUAUUCCGGGAUCUCAGGCUGGGGGUGUAUGGCCGCUACUAUUCCAUUACCAACCAGGCGCGCUAUGAGAUGAAUAUGGACAGCUCGGACACAGACAGCGAUGGUGAAGGCGAGGCGGAUGUGGUGCUGCGACGCAGCUACGCCUGCGAGCUGUGUGACUCCCCCGAGGCCAGGUGGCCAAGGAAGUACCUGCUGCAUCAGCACCACCGACAGGAGCACACCUGGCUGGAUGCGCCGUAUGUCUGCCAGCGUUGCGAUUCCCGCUUUCUCAGUGCCCAGCUGUUGGAGCACCACACCAGCCAGCUGUGCCAGAACACGCUGAAGCGUUUCCAGUGCGAAAAGUGUCCGCAGCGCUUCUUCUGGCGGCGAAACCUGCGCGCCCAUCUCGUCGAGCACAAGAGCAAGCAAGAGUACUACUCCUGCGAUCAGUGCUCCCGCAGCUUCCAGGACAAGAGCGCCGUGACCAAGCACAAGCUGAUGGUGCACCGGGACGGCAACGCACAGCUAAUUCCAUGCCGCUGGUGCACGCGCACCUUCUACCGCCCAGGUCUGCUCUACAAGCACGUGCAGCGGCACGGCUUCACAGGGCAGGAUCUGCCACUGGCCGAGACUCUGCUGGCGGAUGCCUCCAAGCAUGCGGGCCAGAAGAGUAUCCAGUGUAAAGUGUGCGACAUUCAGUUCAUCAGCGUGGCGGAUCUGCGGCGCCACAUCGCCAUGCAGGGCGGGCACAGCGACCUGCCAUCGGCGUACAUGAUAAGCACUGAAACUGGCUUUGAGCUGCUGUUGGAGGAUACGGACGACAGUGAUGAGGAGGGUUUCCAGGCCAGUAGAACCUACAGUUGCGACCUCUGCGAGCUAAGCUUCCGACGCCGCCGCGAGAUGAGCGAGCACCAGUACUCCCUGCAUAGCUUCGACAAGCUGCCGCAUUCCUGCGAGCAUUGCAUCUUCAAGAGUGUGGAUAAGUUUAUGCUGGAACAGCACUUGAGCAGACAGUGCAGAAACAACGAAAAGAAGUUCGCCUGCCAGCGGUGUGGCUACAAAUUCAUGUGGGAGGAGAAUCUUGCUUUACACCUGGCCACCCAGCAUCCCAAGCAACCCGCCAUGCCGGAAAAUCAGCCGCCGUCGCGAAGAAAACGAAGAUUCCGCUACCAGUGCCCCCACUGCUGGCGUUCCUUUGUCGUUCAGCCCAGCUUGGAGAAGCAUAUUCGGGACAUGCACGUGGCCAAAAAGAACCCGGGCAAGAAGUAUCUGUGCUCGCUCUGCGGCCUGGAAGCCCUGACGCCCAACAAGCUGAACAUCCACAUGCGGCGCCACAUGGGGGAGAAGCCGUUCAAGUGUGAUCUCUGUGAGAUGCGCUUUACGGUCUACUACGAGCUGAAGGUUCACCGCCGGAAGCAUACGGGCGAGCGACCCUAUCAGUGCACCUUCUGUGCCAAGGAAUUUGCGCGGCCGGACAAGCUGAGGCGUCACGUCUUCAUGCACAAUGCCAAGUCAUAGAGUACUGCUAUUGAGACUAAAAAAGGAAUAAAAAU